CGACGCGGCGUGCGAGCGGCGAGGCCCCGAAGGAAUGGUGGACGCGGGCCCGGCGGCGACGGUUCCCAGCUCCGCUCCUGCUGGCUGCUGAUCCGUCCCCCGCCCCUCUCGCCCACGCCCGCGCCCUCGCCCGCCCCGCCCCGCCCCGCCCCAACGACCGCAGACGACCUCCCGGCAGCCGAUACGGGCGCCCGCUGACAACAGCGCAAACCCUCGUCCACGGGCGUCGCCCCAGCAGGCGUCUGUGAUGACCAUGGCAAGCUCUGGCAGCGGUGCCGGGGACGCUGGCGGGGGCAGGAAGGGAGGCUCCCGCGCCCCCCAGCCGCCCGAGGAGGAGCCUCUCCAGCCCCCCGCCGCCGCCACCGCCGCCGCCGCCACCACCGCCGCCGCUACCGCCGCCGCUGCCGCCGCGACGACCGCCUCGCCCGCCGUCUCGUGCGCGGGCAACGUGUCGGGUCUUCCGCGGGCCAACGACAACUACGAGGAAGUCAGCAUCAUCGGCAACGGCGCGUACGGCACCGUGUACUGCGCGCGGGACCGGAACAACCCGGACCGCGUCGUGGCCCUCAAGAAAAUCCGAAUCACCCUCAACGAAGACGGGGUUCCUGGAAACGCCGUCAGGGAGAUCGCGCUCCUGAAGCAGCUCGAGCGGUUCGAGCAUCCGAAUAUUGUCAGAUUGCUGGACAUCUGCCGCGGCGGACUGGAGCGAGAGAACCGCCUCAACCUGUGCCUGGUGUUCGAAUACGUGAAGCAGGACCUGGAUCAGUACCUCAAGCGCUGCCCCUCACCCGGCCUCGAGCCUGCUAGAAUUAAGAGCUUGAUGCACCAGAUUCUGUGUGGCAUAGACUUCCUGCACAGUAACCGCGUGAUCCAUCGAGACCUGAAGCCACAGAAUAUACUGGUGGAUGAGGGAGGCAGAGUAAAAAUCGCCGAUUUUGGCCUAGCGAGAAUAUAUGACUUUAAUAUGAGAUUAACAACUAUGGUAGUGACUUUAUGGUAUCGAGCACCAGAAAUCCUAUUAAGCAACAGCUAUGCAACUCCUGUCGAUGUCUGGUCUUGCGGAUGUAUAUUUGCAGAGCUGUUUAGACGAAGACCUGUGUUCGAAGGACACACCGAAGGAGACCAGUUGCAAAGGAUAUUCGACGUCAUCGGGACCCCCCACGAGAGCGACUGGCCGCGCGACGUGUCCCUGAUGCGUAAUAAUUUCCGACACCACCAGGGCAGGCACCUCAGAGAUGUCGUCCCUGAAAUUACCGACGACGCUGCAGAUCUGCUUCAGAAAAUGCUGAAGUUCGUCCCAAGUAUCCGCAUUCCUGCAGUAGAGGCGCUCCGACACCCCUACUUCCAGGGACUCAUCACUCCCCGCAUCAUAGCCACAAGUAACAGGUCGACUCCCACACAGCAGGUUCUAAGUCCAGCUCCCCUCGCCACCAGCAGCCCUGCCAACACCCACCAUCAUCACCACCAACGGCAUGUUGCAACCAGCACCACUAACACUUCUGUUGCCACUUCGGAAAGUAUCUCAGGACAGGCAGUCUUACCCGCACAGGUAACUGCGAAUGAUGAAAAUAAUCCUAAUGCAGGAAAUAGUGCCAAUACAAAUCCCAUAGUAUCACGAUUGCCCGAGCCCAAAGUUGCUGAACGUGCCAUUACGACCACUAACUCUUCAGUGACAGAAACGACCUCCACUACGACGGUGGCAACAGUGAGUAGCGGUGGCCUCCCUCCCACCAGCAGUAGCUCAAAUCCCGUGGAAUAAUGGAAGUUUUAAUUACUGGAAGUAUAUUAUCUACGGAAAUCUUAUGUUGUAAACCUACUGAUUAUAAUAUAUUUUUUUCUGAGUGAUGUUGACUUUUAUGCCAGAAAUUCAAGAUACUAUUUGAUUCUGAAAUUCUAUAUACUUAGUUCAAGGAUUAUUGAAAGAAAGUAAGAAAAAAAAGCUUCAGAUAUUGAAAAGUCUGUAACAGUGGUGAAUCAAGAGUUGACUUAGAGUGCCUGAUGUGUGUAUUUUUCUAAAUCAACAUAAGGAAAAAAAUAGUGCCUUGUGUUUGUGUGCAACUUGGAUGUUAAGGAGUGUAAUGCCCACUGUAGGAGUCUUUUUACUCCAUAUUAUGCUUAUUAGAAAGUUCCUUUUUGUAGUGUUGCUUGAUGUGAACGUUCCAUGAAAAGUCAGAAUAUGACUGAAACUAACAUCAAAAGCAUUCCCUCUGGCAUUCCCGAGAGAGUAAAAAAAAAAAAUAAAAAAUGUUAGUGAGUGGUGCUUAUUGAGUGAUGUAAUGUGGCAGUUUAUUAGACACUUAUUAAGGCAACAAAUAUUGCUUUAUGUUACUUGCUGGUCUCUCUGGCAAACCUCAGAACUGAAGAUAACAACUUAAAAAUCUGUCAAGAAAAUUAAGAGGCUCAAUUGGUCAGAUAAUGUAUACCAAUGAAGGGAAGACCAAACAACACAGUGCAUAUGUUUUGUACUAACGGUAUUGUUGGUGCAAAGAGGUUUACAAAAAAAAGAAAUUAGGAUGGAUUAGAUUCAAAGCAAAAUUUGAUGUUUAUUGGUACUUAUGUGGUUUGAAGAGUGAUACUCAUUAUGAACCAAAUUUUUGUCCAAGAUUGUAAGUGAGUAUGAUGUAACUCUUCCUAUCAAACACCAAUCUUGUAGACAAGAUAGGUGCUUGUUGAAAAUAAUGUCCCUAUCUUUUUUAGCAAUCCAAAUUUAAGUAAUUAAAGAUAGAUAAUCUACAUUUCUCAGUGGAAUUGGGUGGUAGUAUUUGUAAUUACACAGCAAUGUGGAGUAAAGCAUUAGAAUUUUCUUUUAGCAACUUUUUGACUGCUCAGAGGUAUGCAUAUCAUAAACAAUGCAAGUAUGUAUCAUUUUAUAACUGAUCUUUUUUUAUGCUCUUAUUAUAAUUGCAACUUGUCUUGGUCCGUGAGUAGCUUGUGUCAUGUAUGAUUGCCAUUCAGAUUAAAGUUCCAACAGCCUGAUUUUGACCUCAAAGCUCUUUCAACAGCAGAUGAGUGUAGAUGUUUCAUGUAUCACUUUUGCUUUAGCAUGUCAUCAUUAGGAACAUAACCCUGAGUCAUUAGGAUAGAUCCAAUUGAAAAGCUGAUGCCAGAUCUGUAUCAAGUUUUUUUUUUUUU